GCUCGCCGCCCGCCGGAGCAUGGGCCGGCUCCGCGCUGCGUCGGGCGCAGGGGCGCGCACCGCCCGCCCUCCCCCGGGGGCAGGCGCUCCCGCCUCCAGCGGCGGCCCGGGUCUCCCCCAGCUGCGCCCGGGGGUGCAAAACAGGAGGGGGGGGAAAAAGGAGCCUAAAAAUGGCUGCGGCCCCUUUAAGACGCGCCCGCUUCCUUUUUCCUCCCUCCGCCCCUUUCAGUGGCGCGUACCAAGUGCAGGGCGAGGAGAGGGGUGGGGAAGCCUCGGCGCCCGACGAAGGGGGAAACCGAGACGGCGAGGUCAGAAGAGGAGGAGGCCUCGACCAAUGGUCCUCCUGUCCUUGCUCCGGAGGGUGUGUCCUCCUGGCGACAAGGACAAGGAGAGAACAUGCCCCCGCGACCUGGGGCUGCGCGUCCCCGAGAGGGAGAUGGCAUCCACACCUUCCAGGAAUGAGGAGAAAAAGGGCAGCAGGAUGUCCCAAGCGGCAGCCCCCUCUGGUGGAAGUCUGAAGGUUUCGUUAUCCCGAUCUGAGGAAUUCCUGACCCGGAUCAGCACAGAGCUCACCAACGAGGCCUUGUUUAUCGCUGGCUGCCCCACGAACUCUGUGCCCACCAAGGAAAAACAGACCCAAGACCGAGGGACUCAGAUAUCCAAACAUGUGUUCUUCAAGACCCGGGGCACCGACACCCGAACAUGCAUCAGAGCUCCUCGCUCCCAAGUCACUAACGCUUCAGUUUGCUGGGGUCUCCCGGUCGUGAACAGCAGCACACUCAAAGCCUCCCAGGUGUUCUGGAGCCAUCGCCCGCCUUUCCACCCGCAGCCGGCAAGGACAUCACCAGAAAUCAAAGGCUUUAAUAAAAAGACAGAGAGAGGUCCUUCCCUCUUCCCAACCCAGGCCGGGCUCUGGAGUGGCUUCUCUGGGGUGGAGAUGUGAGAGGGCGGCCCUUUUUCUUCUUUCUUUUUCUUCUCUCUCUCUUUUUUUUUUCUUGCCAGAUGUGUGGGCAUAUGGGUGAAAUGGCAUAGUCCAUGUUACUGGAACAGCUUUAAUUCGGGCAGUUAACGACCUGUUUUCUGUCAGCCUUUUGGUGGCGAUGAGCUCAUGGAUCUGAACUCCGCCUCCUAGCCACACUCCAGCCCCUUCCUGUCUAGCCUUGGGCAUCUGAGAGGGUCCCCCCCCCCCCCCGGCUUCUGAGGAGCCACCUCUGCCAUCAACGCCAGUGCUGAGGCCUCUCCUUGGGGCUCUGGGGCCUCAUGCCUGGGGACACGUGUCACAGCCAUUGCUAGCCGGAAGGGAAUCCAGCCGCCUUGGUAGAAUCUGCAUUUAAGUCUGAAUCUGGCCGCUUAUUCGAGACUCCUGAGGAAGUCCAUUCGCGUCUCUGAGCCUCAGUUUUCUUAUCUGAGAAACGGGAAUGAUUAUCCCUGUCUCGAGGGCUCCUCCUAGAGGUUAAAAACGAGUACAAAGUGCUUAGCGCCAGGCCUGGCACAGAAUAAGGGCCCAGAAAUGCAGGCUAUUUAUUAGAAGGCUCAGUGGGCGUCACGUUCUAAAAUUCAGCCUCCUCGGAGGAUUUCAGUGUCCUUUGGAGUGCCCUAAAAAAUGUUGAAUUAUACUUAAAUAUGAGAUUUGA